UCGGCGGCUCCGGUGGCUGCGCAGCGUCGGCGGGGAGCCCGGGUUGCGGAGAGGCGGGCCAGGCCGAGGCGAGCUAGCGGAGCGCGGCGCCUGGCAGGCGGCGGAGACGCGGGGCUUCGUGGGUCAGCCCCACAUCGGAUCGGCGUCCGCAGCGCUCGCCCCUCGUUUCGCGUCAGGCCGAGCCCGCCACGGGCAGGCGUGCGCUGUCGCUGAGGCCCAGGCGCCCCUGCGCGUUCUUGAAAUCAUGAAUCCUGUUUAUAGCCCUGGAUCUUCUGGGGUUCCCUAUGCAAAUGCCAAAGGAAUUGGUUAUCCAGCUGGUUUCCCCAUGGGCUAUGCAGCCGCAGCUCCUGCCUAUUCUCCUAACAUGUACCCUGGAGCGAAUCCUACCUUCCAAACAGGUUACACUCCCGGCACACCUUACAAAGUGUCCUGUUCCCCCACCAGUGGGGCCGUGCCACCGUACUCCUCCUCCCCCAACCCUUACCAGACUGCCGUGUACCCUGUGCGAAGUGCCUACCCCCAGCAGAGCCCAUAUGCACAGCAAGGCACGUACUACACACAGCCGCUGUAUGCAGCCCCCCCCCACGUCAUCCACCACACGACUGUGGUGCAGCCCAAUGGCAUGCCGGCGACAGUGUACCCUGCUCCCAUUCCUCCUCCCAGAGGCAACGGGGUCACCAUGGGCAUGGUGGCUGGGACCACUAUGGCCAUGUCUGCAGGUACCCUGCUGACUGCUCACUCCCCAACUCCUGUUGCCCCCCACCCUGUCACUGUGCCCACCUACCGGGCCCCAGGAACACCCACCUACAGCUAUGUGCCCCCUCAGUGGUGAUCACCCUGCAAAUGUUUGAGGAUGGAGCUGUGCAGUCACAUCAUUGAGGUUUCACAGCUGGUGCUGCAGGCCUUGUGCCUCCAACCAGGACUUUCUUCUUAAUGCUCUCGACACUUGGCUAAACACAACUACAUCCCGGCCCAGCAGGUCCCAGCGCCGUUAGUCUCCAACUAAUUCUGUGGGUUGGUCUUAAAGCAAAUCCUGUUUUGUGGACUGCCUGGCAAUUUUUUAGCUAACUGUAAAGAUAAAAAGGGAGUAUUAAUCUGAAUCAUAUCUAGUUGAAUGCAUGUUUUAAAAAAACACAAAAACAAAGCUUGCUCAAUCUACCUGCAGUGACUGAUGCAAAACCAUCAUAUGCAAAAUCCAAAGGAAUGGAAAUGUAUUUUACAACUUGUAUCACUAAUGCACUGUUGUAAUGUAUGCAGAGUCUUCAAGUUA